AUGUUCAUUCCAGCAGACGCCAUUGUCCAAGAAGAGGCCCCUGAAUCGGUUUCCCCUCCUGCCAUCACGUCCAUCACCCCUCCACCAAGUGCCGAGACUGAAAACCCCACAGCCCACAUUUCUGUCUCGAUCGAUCCAAGUUCAGUAGGCGAAUCCGCGCCUGAGUAUUCACCCGCCCAGAAGGCUGAGUCUAUCCCCUUGGACCCAGGGCGGAAGGUCCACCAGGAGCUUAUCGAAGUGCCCUUCCAGGUGUACUCGGACGACGAUAACCUCCUCUCGGACCAUUCAUUUUUGGAAGAAUUGAGCUCAGCUACCGACAUGAACGCCAGAACGUUAUCCGUAAAAUUCCCCGCUGGGGAACAUGCCUGGAGGAAAUCGCGUGCGGUCUCAAGCCCGUAUACCCUUGUAUUCCCCUCAGUAAUGCAAGCACUCGGAGUGGCGAGAUCUGUCCCUAGCUCCAACUCUGAGAGCAGCCCGCCUACGCCGGUACUCAUGUCCAAGAAUACUAACGUCUCUCCUGGCAUCUCUAGCCGCAUCAAAGCUCUGGAAAAGUUCUCAAGUCUGGAAGGCACUUCUGCGGGCCCGCCUCCGGCUGUGGCCGGGCUGUCGGUCCCCUCCUCUUUCGAAAGCCUUUGCAAGCGUGUAUCCAUCUCGCCGCCCAACCGACACCAAGGAUCCAAUCUGACAAAUAUAUAUUCCCCCGACCUCCCCGCGAGCUUUACCAGUGCCCAAAGCGUGAAUCGACACGAUUCACCUCGCAUGUCUGGGGAUAUGCGCCGCGCGAACUCGGUUUCCGUUACGGCUCACAUCGUGCGUGAUGCAGAUAUAUUUUCUGGGUCUUCUGGAGUCCAGCUCUCAAAGUCCGAUGUCCACAACCUCCAGGCCAUUCCGCUGGCCGUGGAGUACGAGACCGCUGAAACUCCGUCUAGGGCAUCGACAGCCGAGCCUUUCAUGCGUCCAGAGGACCGAAGCACGCCGAUCCAAUCUGCUGGAUCUGGCCGCCAAGCACCAUCCCGUCUCACAAGCGCCUCUGUCUGUUCCCGCUCCAGAACCAAUGAAACCUUCCAAUCCGCAUCUUCCACAUCUGAAGACAAGAAGGCAUCCCGCGCCUCGCCCCUUAUGCGCCCCAUGCCCAAGCCCCCUGUAAACGAGGAAGACUAUGCCCCCAUCUUUGGCAACGGUUCUACCGAGGCUCUGGGAACCGCUGGCUUGCGUGCCUCGGAGCCUAUUGACAUUGGCGAGGUCAAUGUCCAGUUCCCAGAAACAUAUCUUUGGAAGCGCCGCAGCAUGCGCGUCGACGGGAACGGAUACGUUGUCCUCAAGUCUGGCACCGAUGAUGUUACCGCCCGGAACAUCACCAAAAGUUACCAUCUCACCAAGUUCCGGACCCCUUAUGUCCCCGAUGAAGAUAUGCAGGACCUGCCCAACAGCAUCUUGCUCGACUUCUUGGAUGGGAAUACGCUCCGGUGUGCUUGUGAAUCGCGACAGGGACAAGUGUCUGCUCUUCAGAGUAUCAUUUCCAGCAAAUCUUCCAACACUCGAGAAUAA